CGACGGAUCGCACCAGCAUCAGGCCGGUCAAACAGUGCCGAAAGCUGCUCAGCUGGCUCCAAAAGCAGCAGCUGCACUCAACAACCGCAGCGGACUCUGUCCACAAGAAGAGCACGGGCCACAUACAAGCGACACCGACACCAAUAUGCAGGGGUAGUCGCUAUCCCUUGCAGCUACCAUCAGCCCCCCCCCCCUUCGUUUAUCUUCUCGCACCCGAUCGCAGGAUGACGAAAACCGGGACACUGGUCCCACAAGCAUAUGUCAUGAAUUAAUGGCGAGGAACUCAAGCAGCAUAUCCGAUACUGCUGCAGAACAGGAGGAUAGGGAUGUGGGCCUGUCAGGAACUACCCGAGCGUUCGAUAGCUUCGAGGCCGCAGCGGGGAAAAUAUUGAGCGAAAAAGAUGAAGCAGAAAGGGACGCCUUGGACCAACUUCUGGUCGCGGUGGGCGAUACAUAUCAAUAUCAGAUGUGAAAGAAUGAUCCUUGGCCUAUCGCGCAGUGAGAGAAGGACCGGGGCGAGAAUGAGGUGUGUGGGAAAGAUCUCAGAAGUUAUUGCAACUUGUGCUUUUAAACAUGGACAUUCAAUUCGCCGUGUGUUCUCGGAAGGCGCAUCUCGAGUCUCGUAGUACCUUCAGAUGGGGACCUUUGUAAUUGGUGAAAGCAGUGCUGCCAACGAUGUGCAAGAGCGGGAUCCGAAAUGAUAGCAGCU